AUGCAUGAAGGUGAUGCUCUGCUGGCUGGUCCUUCUUCAUCUCCAGCACUGAAUGGAUCAAAGAUACCUGGAGCUGCGAGUUCUCCACCCACGGCUGUUCAUCCUCAGACUACAACCGCAGAGAGUUUGGCUCAUAGCAUCAGAAGCAAGUUUCUGAAUGAGCUUCAUAAAGUCCCAUUACCAUCCUGGGCUCUGGUGGCCCUCGGCUUCCUCACAGUCCUCAUCACGCUCAGCUGCUGUCUGUGUUUCUGCAAGAAGACGAUAUUUAAAAAGAAAAAGGAAAAGGGCGGGAAAGAGAAAAAUGAAAAGAACAACAUUCACCUAUCAAACGUGAAAGAGGAUGGAACAAAACAGGCUGUUCAUCACGACACUGAUUCUGAUCACAAGGAAGAGGAUUCUGAGUCUAAAGAGGCUGCAAAACUUGGAAAACUUCACUAUUCCCUUGACUACAACUUCACUGAGAGCGCAUUAAUUGUAGGUGUGGUUGAGGCAGAAGGUCUUGCUGCUAUGGAUAUUAGCGGCACUUCGGAUCCAUAUGUGAAAGUCUACCUCCUCCCUGACAAGAAGAAAAAGUUUGAGACGAAAGUUCACCGCAAAACACUAGAUCCGACUUUUAAUGAGCACUUCACCUUUAAGGUUCCAUAUGCAGAGCUUGGAGGAAAGACACUGGUCAUGACGGUGUAUGACUUUGACCGUUUCUCCAAACAUGAUGCUAUUGGGGAUGUGAGGGUGCAGAUGAAUAAAGUGGACUUCAGUCAGCUUACAGAGGAGUGGAGAGAUCUGCAGAAAGCAGAGAAAGAGGAGCACGAGCGGUUAGGUGAUAUUUGCUUGUCUCUGCGCUAUGUACCGACUGCUGGAAAGCUGACUGUUGUCGUUCUAGAGGCCAAAAACCUCAAAAAAAUGGAUGUGGGUGGCCUCUCAGACCCAUAUGUAAAAAUCCACCUGAUGCAGAAUGGCAAAAGGCUGAAGAAAAAGAAAACCACAAUUAAGAAGAACACACUGAACCCGUAUUACAACGAAUCGUUUAGCUUUGAAGUGCCAUCUGAGCAGAUUCAGAAAGUUCAGGUUGUGGUGACAGUCCUGGACUAUGACAAAAUUGGGAAGAAUGAUGCAAUUGGAAAGGUUUUCAUAGGACUGAACAGCACAGGAACGGAGCAACGCCAUUGGUCAGAUAUGUUAGCCAAUCCGAGAAGACCCAUCGCUCAAUGGCACGCCCUUAAACCCGAAGAGGACGUAGAUGCUGAACUCAUGAAGAAAUGAAGCUGUGUGUGAGCAUUUGUAUACAGAAAUAUUCAGUAGUUUGUGCAUAGGUGUGCAUGUUUGUGUAUGUGGGGAAAGUCUGAGGUAGAUCUGGUAAAAUCGUAUCUCUUAAUAAUCAGAAGCACAUUUAUUUUCAGUAUCUUGUGCAAGAUGUACAAAGAUACAUUAAAUGAUAUGUAUUAGACAAUGUGAAACAGCAUAUGUAAUAACAUACUCCUGGGUAAAACAGAAUAUUUAUGAGGAAAUAAUGAAAACAAAUCCAUUGGUAUUUGAUUGUAGAAAAGUAGGUUUAAGACAUUACUGAUUUAAUUUUUCCCUGCCUAUGCAUUAAAGUCAUUUGAGGCAGAAAUGGAUAAAGUUAUUACAUUUUUAACGUGCAAUCAUUUGCCUAAUUAUGUUCACCCAAAGGGAUAGUUCACCCAAAAAAUGUCAAUUCAGUAAUCAUUUAUUCACCCUCUAGAUUUUCUGUCUUCUGUUAAACAGAAAAAGACAAUUUGCUGGUAGCCAUACUAUGGAAAAUCAAGUAUUGAAGUCUAUGGCUACCGGAAACUGUUUGGUUUCCAACAUUCUUCAGAAUAUUCAAAUAUUCAUUCUUGAGUGAACUAUCCCUU